GUCGAAUGAUCGGAGUGAAGAACACCAUCUCAGGAUUCCCAAUAUACGGCUUCUCUCCCCUUAAUUCUAUUCCCUCCCAGGCGAUACCAAGCAGUUUCAGGUAUUGAACAGUGGCUUCUGGCGGUGUGGACGUUGUGAGGAUGCUAUUAAUGGCGGAUGACAAGUUGGAAACUUGGGAAGGGUUUGGAAGCUGUUCGUGAAUUGCCGAGAUUCAUUCUUUCAUUGGCGGAGACUCAAUCAUUGUGAAGAUACAACAAGCAAUUGAAUUUAGAUAUUAUCUCCAGUUGAGACAAAACAAAAAAGCAUCCCGUGGAAUAAAGGGAAACCGACUGCUCGUCUGCUCCAGUGCUCGUACUCAUUCGCCUCCCUACUUGGUAGCGAUGCGAUAGUGCGACUAGGGCACGCACACCUUGUUUUCUCCUACGCUUUUGGCCGCCCUGUUCGCACCUCCCAGUCCGGCAGUCCUCCGCUCGAAAUCGAAGCCAGUAAGGUAGUAAGCCGCGAUAAUUUCGUUCGGUCUCCGGCCCUCCACAGCUGACAGCUUCACUUCAAGUUUUAGGACAUUGUCGAAAUGGAGUGUGUCGUGCAAGGGAUUAUUGAAACCCAGCAUGUUAAUGCCCUGGAGAUCCUUCUUCAUGGUCUUUGUGGUGUUCCCAAAGAGCAAGUCAGAGUCCAUGAACUGUGCCUAAAAAGUGGACCAAAUCUUGGUGUUGUGCCAUCUGAGGUUCGUCUAUUGUGUGAUUUGGCGCACCCAACACCAUCAUGGACUGUGAGACAUGUUGGGGGUGCAAUGAGAGGAUCUGGAGCCGACCAAAUUUCAGUUUUGGUUAGAACUGUGGUGGAAAGCAAAGUGAGCAAUAAUGUGCUGCGUUUCUUCUACGGCCUUGGCUAUAAAUUGGACCAUGAAAUCUUGAAGGUGGGCUUUGCAUUUACCUUUCAUCGAGGUGCACAGAUCAUUGUCACUGUAACUUCAGCACAUAAAAUGCCAAAGCUUCAUGCCAUAGAGGAAGCUUUGCCCAUUACUCCUAACAUACACAUGGUGGAGAUUACAGCCCCUGCAACUGCUGAAAAUUAUAAUGAAGUUGUCGCAGCAGUUUCGGCUUUUUGUGAAUACUUAGCUCCGUUAUUGCAUCUCUCAAAACCAGGAGUUUCGGCUGGCAUCGUUGCUACUGCUACUGCGGCUGCUGCAUCGCUAAUGUCAAACAGUGCCAGUAAGCCCUUGUAAUGACUAAUUUCCACAAAAAUUAGAUUGUAACUUGAAAAGUACUCUUGUUGUUUGUUAUAUUGUGGUGCUUGACUUCAAAUUAGCUUUAGAUGUAUCUGGGAUGGGUUAAUUUAAGCCAUGCAUAAUUUUCUUAUGUUCUUUUCCAUAUAAAGAAAUAUUGUAUUAACUGAUCCUUGUUGUAUAUUAAUGUGAUUGACACCUACAAA